AUGUCAAGAUUUACGAGCCUCUACCUGCGGGUGCCGCGACCCAAGAACCUGUUCGGCUUCAUCAGCCUGCAGACGGGCACGGAGCUGAUCACGCUGAUGCUGAUACUGAACAAGGUGACGGGCGUGUACGGUCUGCUGGCCAUCCUGACCGGGUACCAGCUGUCGCUGCUGCAGCUGGCGACGUACGUGUACUCGCUCGUGUCGCUGGGGGUGGUGGUGUACCUGGCGCCGCACAUCCGCCGACAGAGCGCAGUCGAGUGCCUGGCGCUGGCGUGGCUGUACGUGGUGGACACGACGGUGAACACGGCCGACACGGUGGCCUUCGGAUCGACCUGGUACCCAGCCACCACCACCACCAAGGUGGGCAACAUUGGCACCGUGGCCGUGGCCACCGUCGGGGCCCCGCCCCGCGAGACGGCCGCCAGCAUGGUGUUGCUCGUCGCCCACACGCUCGUGCGCAUCUAUUACUCCCUCGUCGUCAUGUCCUUUGCCCGCCAGGUCAUCCAGUCUACCGUGCAGACCCUCGUCAUCAACGGUGAGGCUGACGUCGUCGACUCCCCCGACGGGCCCUUUGCCCAGAACCUGCCCGACGGCCAGGGCCGCAGGGGCAGGGCCGGUCGCACCAUGGUCUCUUUCAUCAGGGGUUACUGGCUCGAGCAGCCUCUUGCUGGCUGGACGCCCGAGGGAGCGUCUACCAAGGGGUCUGUCUCUGCCAAGGCCAGAGACUUUUCGUAG